AUCAUCUCCACGGCCACAUCCACCUGUCUGUUCAGGGCCCGCUCUCGUCUCUGCACUUCCUGCUUUUUCUGAGUCAGCUGCACAAAAGCUGCCCGAACUUCCAACAGUUCAGCCGUUUUCUGGGCCAGCUCUUUGGUUCAUGUGAAGUGUCCAGCUGACUGCAGUCACGCAAGAGAUUCUAGUGAAGAGGAAGAACCAUGUGAAGAGGAAGAGCCACCAACUGAGCCUGGCUAACUCUCAGAAUCAUGAAAAUAAAAUAAAUAACUGAAACACUAAGGUGUUUGAUGAGCUCCAAGGGACUAUCUAAGCUCAAAUAUUUGCACCUAUGAAAAGUAUGUGUAGCAGGCAAUAUGUACUCACCUGUCCCUGAAGGAGAAAACCCAGAAGUGUCUUUCAAUGAGAACAUCAAGUUCAAAGAGCAGAAUCUAUGGGUGAUACAGUGUAGUCCCUACACCAGGAAGAAACAUGCUUCAUGUCUGAGUGUGGCUCUGCUUGAUCCAAAAAACUUCUGAACUAAAAAGGCAAGUCAUCAGUUCCCUAAACAUCCAGUAUACACUGGUAAACUUGUGUUCAGGGUAACCUCAAUAACUAUUCCCUGGAGAAAAAUAGGAGACACAGCAGUUGCUGGUGUGUAGCAGGUGUGAAAUCCCAGUAGGCAGGUAUAGUAAGGAUCCUUUAUCCCAAGACGAGAGAAAUGUUCCUCGAUUAGACCCGGAAGGGGCUUCCCAGUCCAUUUAUUCUCCAUGGCUCUCUGUUCUAACCUUUGAAAAAUGCUGUCUUUUCCAUUUUCCUUUUUGGACACAUUCAAAGUGAGCAUCAGAAUAUGACCUUGUUAGGACACAGAGCAGCUUCUUCAGUGGCUACAUGUGCAGAAGGAGAAAAGUAAAGAUAAUAUGGACUGCAGCAUUCAAGAAAAACUACAUUUAGAAAUUCGAAUACGAGAAGGGGUAUGGAAACUCCUUUCUCUGAGCACUCAGAAAGACCAGAUUUUGCAUGCAGUUAAGAAUCUCAUGGUGUGCAAUGCUCGAAUAAUGGCUUACACAUUGGAGCUGCAGAAAUUAGAAGAGCAGAUUGCGAAUCAAAUUGGAAGAUGUGAUGUGAAUUUUGAAAGUAAAGCACGAACAGCAUGUAAGGGAAAGAUUGCCAUAUCAGAUAUUCGUAUACCACUAAUGUGGAAAGACUCUGAUCACUUCAGCAGUAAAGAACGAUCACAGCGCUAUGCCAUUUUUUGUUUAUUCAAAAUGGGAGCUGAAGUUUUUGAUACUGACAUGGUGAUUGUGGAUAAAACAAUCACAGAUAUAUGUUUUGAAAAUGUGACCAUAUUUAAUGAAGCAGGGCCAGACUUUCAGAUAAAGGUGGAAGUAUAUAGUUGCUGUACAGAAGACUCUUCUAUAACCAACACACCAAAAAAAUUAGCUAAGAAACUGAAGACAUCUAUAAGCAAAGCUACAGGGAAGAAAAUAAGUUCAGUGCUUCAAGAAGAUCAUGAAAUGUGCUUGUCCUUCAGUUCUGCUAUUUAUGGUGCAAAGUACAGUUUGCUAGCUCAUACUACCCUGAGCUUGGAAAGUGCUGAGAAUAGCUUCAAGACCCAUAAUCUGUCUAUUAAUGGGGAUGAAGAGUCUUCGUUUUGGCUUCCCUUGUAUGGCAACAUGUGCUGCCGAUUAGUCGCCCAACCAGCUUGUAUGGCUGAGGAUGCCUUUGCAGGAUUUCUUAAUCAGCAGCAAAUGGUAGAAGGUCUGAUUAGUUGGAGAAGGUUGUAUUGUGUUUUAAGAGGGGGUAAACUCUAUUGUUUUUACACUCCAGAAGAAAUCGAAGGUAAAGUGGAACCAGCUUUGGUAGUGUCCAUUAACAAGGAAACCAGAAUUCGGGCAAUGGAUAAGGAUAAAAAGAAAAGAAUCCAUAAUUUCUCUGUCAUCAACCCUGUUGCUGGACAGGCUACAACUCAUAUUUUUGCAGCUGACAACAGAGAAGAUCUUCAGAAGUGGAUGGAAGCCUUCUGGCAGCAUCUCUUUGAUCUUAGCCAAUGGAAGCAUUGUUGUGAAGAACUUAUGAAAAUUGAGAGUAUGUCACCACGGAAACCACCUUUGUUCUUGACAAAAGAGGCAACCUCAGUCUACCAUGAUAUGAGCAUUGAUUCACCUAUAAAACUUGAAAGUUUAACUGAUAUAAUACAAAAAAAAAUUGAACAGACAAAUGGAGAGUUCCUUAUUGGUCAGCAUGAAGAAUCCUCACCACCUCCUUGGGCCACACUCUUUGAUGGUAAUCACCAAGUUGUCAUCAAGAAAAAGGUAUUAUCUCCUGCAAGCAAGCAGUUACAUGAUGGGAAAGGGAAAAAGAGACGAGCUCCCCUUCCUCCUUCUGGUAAAGCUGCAUUCAGCUUAAAAACACAGAGCAACACAGAUCAAUUGGUUAAGGACAACUGGGAAAAGACAAGUGUAUCUCAGACCUCACCUUUGGAUACCAAAUUAUCGACCCUAAUGCAUCACUUACAGAAACCAAUGGCUGCUCCUCGAAAACUUCUUCCUGCCAGGAGAAAUAGUUUAACUGAUGGUGAGCACACAGACACUAGAACCAAUUUUGAAGCCAAGCCAGUGCCAGCUUCACGGCAGAAAUCUAUGAAAGACAUUUUGGACCCUAGAUCAUGGUUGCAGGCACACGUGUAGAAAACCCUUAAUGUCUAAGACAUUUAACAAAAUCUGUAACUGUGAGGCUUAAUUCAGAAGCACUAUAGAUGUAGUAAUAUGUAAUUAUGUAGGUAAAUAUGACAGUGAUUUACAUCAAUAAUUAAUAAGCUAUUAGUUGUAAAAAAAAUGUUUUAUAAUGAAGAAAUGGAUUUCUCUAGCAGAGUGCAGGAGGCAGUUUCUAGACAAUAUCCCAAUUAUUGGAAGGGUUAAUUUAUUCCUAAGUUAGUACCAGGCAGUGAACAAGCACUAGGCAGAAGAAAGCAUUAAAAUUUCUUUGGGGAGGGAUUGUCUAGUAAUUUAAAAUGUGUUAAAUAAGAGCCAUAUUCUCAUUAUGAGGAUUUUAAUACUAAUGGAAUGUUUCAAAAGUUUUAUUCAAACCACAAAUUAUAGAAUCCACCCAAGAAAAUUUCUUCUUAGCAUUCUGGAAUUCUCAUCUAAUGGUCCACUGGCUCUCAUCUGUUGUUUAACUCACUAGUUAACUCAGUGACCUUUCAGAUUCCUGAGAUACAUUUUUGAAUAUUAAAUUCUUCAUUUUUGAAGGGAAUAUGUAAUGUGCUGUUCAAAGUUGUUUCCUUGAUGAGCCCUGAAAUCCUGUUGACAUUAACUCUCAUAAGUAAAGCAAAACAUUUUUUAGUUUAAGGAACAGGUAGAUGAAAUGUACUUUACUUCCACUUUUCUAUGCAUGGUACUAAUUUCUAUUGUGACAUUGGCAUUUGGGGAAGUGAGUAGCUGAUUAACACCUUAAGAUUCAUUCAGUACUUAUUUAAAAAGCACGUGGCCGAUUCAAAAUAUCAGAAAAGUUGGCCAUGAUAAUAAUUUUCAGAAUUAAUCCACCUAAAAAUUUUUAAUUAGAUUUCCUUUUUCUAGUAAGGGUUCAUGUCUGCUACUGAUAUUUGUCAUUAAAAGUCAUACUCUUUCAAUAAUGACAUUGGAAUCAUUUCCAUAGGAGGUAAUUUCCAUAGCAACUAAUCAUAGUGACACAAACAAGAUUAUGAAAUCAAGUGAUGAAUAAAUAGCAACAGAAUGAAUACCUCAAAGGAACUAAAAAAUCCAUUUUCUUAGUAAUUAUGCUUCUUGUAAACAACAGCUAGACAAUUUUAAAAAAUCUAAUCAGAAUUUCCAAGUAAAAUAAAACAGUUUCCUUAAGGUGUCAGCAACAGCACUAAAAAUUUCAAUUCACACUGAACCCUAAAUGUCAUUGCAACAAAUGAAAAUAUAAGAAUUAAAUUACUGCCCUGUGUAUAAUCUCUAGAGAUCUUUUUAAAGCUUGUAAGAACUCUAUUUGGAUCGGAACUACAUUAUUUUAAAGUAAAAUGAACACUUGACAAAAAAUAACAUUAAUUUAAAUGGAGCCUUUCAUUAUUUUUAGAUAGCAGAGUCUUUUUUUAUUUAUGUAGAAUGAUGUAACU